GAUUGGGGAAAAAUAGGCUGCCUGUACCCCAAAUUGUCAACACUUGGUUUUCCACGUGAGUAAUGUGUCCGCUGCAUUCCCGAAGGAUGUCAUUUGUCAUGCGAGAAUUGAACAGUUUUCUGAAGCAGGGUCCAGAGGAAAAUGACAGAGACGGAUGGAGGCGGUGACGUGGGUCUCCCUCCUCAUCCUCCAUUGUGCCUUCCUGGGUGGUGAUGUCAUCAGAACCAUGCAUCCUUAUGAGGAGCAGUGCUGAGAGUUGGCACGUCAGGAGAAGUUAAGAGCAGCAGACUGAGAGGCCAGGAAUGCACCACUUGCUGUUCCCUCGUCGUCUCCUUCACUUUUCAAUACAUUCAAGCCAAUUCAUCCACCUUAAAAAGUGGCCUCAGGGAUGGAGUCCACACCUGAAGAUGGAGCCGUUGUGUGCGUGACCAGCGAGGGACUUGCCGCCAUAGAGGAUGAGGAGGUUCUGAACAAAAUGAUGGACAAUGCUGACACUUUUGAAGAGCGAAGACUCCUCCGUGCUGCGUUGAGGCACCUGCUCAAGAAAAAGAGAGACAAGCGGGAGCAGGAGCGAGGGUCCCGGCAGCAGGACUUGAGGCAAGCCCUGGGCAAAAGAAGCGGAGGAGGAGGAGGAGAAAGAGGAGGAGGAGGAGGAGGAGUUGCUGGCACAGGAAGAGCAGCAAUGAAGUCCACCACAAACUGCCCACCUGACGCCUCCGUUACAGCAGGAGGCAAGGCAGGUCCUGCUCAAGCCAGCUCCAGAGGUCCGCCCUCCACAGUCCCCAAUGCUAAGAAUGUCAAACAGAUGCUUCUGGACUGGUGCCGGGCCAAAACCGAACCAUAUGAGGGGGUGAACAUCCGGAACUUCUCCUCCAGCUGGAAGGACGGCAUCGCGUUCUGCGCCUUGGUGCACCGCUUCUACCCGGACGCCUUCGAGUACUCGGUCCUGAACCCGCACAAGCCCGGGGACAACUUCCAGCUGGCGUUCAGCACGGCAGAGAGGCUGGCGGGCUGCCCGCCUCUGCUGGACCCGGACGACCUGGUCCGGAUGGAGGAGCCCGACUGGAAGUGCGUGUACACGUACAUCCAGGAGUUCUACCGCUGCCUGGUGGAAAAAGGCCUGGUCAAAACCAAAAAGCGUGCGUAGGGCGUCAAGAAGCCAGGUGCGAGGUGAAGAUCAUCACACCAACGUAUUUACUGGCAUUAUGCAGCGUCAGAAGGUUGAUGAUCUCCAAUGAAGGCGGAGUCGUGCUCUCAUCAGCACCUUUUUCAACCCAGAGACGCCAACGGAAUAGCCAGAUGAGCUGCAUUUGUCUCCUUUGACCACUAGAUGGCACUAGAUGUGAUAUAUGUUUAUUAUUGUGCUGCGUCCAACCGGGUGAUAUUUCUCAUAUGUUGGUUUCCUUUGGCUUGAUGAGAGGGACAAGAUUUGACAUCCAACUGUAAUGACUCAUUGCUAUUAUAUAGACAGCGAGUGAAAACAUUUAAUACCACAUUUUCAUAAAUAUAACAGGUAAAAGAAGUCAUUCACUGUGUGCAUUUAUCAACCAUUAAUACGUCUUAAACAGCAUACUUGCCAACCCUCCCGAAUUUUCCAGGAGACUCCCGAAGUUCAGCGCCUCUCCCGAAAACCUCCCGGGACAAAUAUUCUCCCGAAAAUCUCCCGAUUUUCAGCUGGAGCUGGAAGCCACGCCCCCUCCAGCUCCAUGCGGACCUGAGUGAGGACAGCCUUUUUUCAUGACGGGAGGACAACAGGGUGACAAGAACUAAAUCAUCCAGA